AUGUCAACCAACAUCACCUGGCACCCUUCCCUGUCGCGCAAGGAGCGCAAUGAGACCCGCGGCCAGCGCGGUCUCACCAUCUGGUUGACCGGUCUUUCUGCCUCUGGCAAGUCCACCGUUGCCACUGCUCUCGAGCAGCAUCUCCUUCACCUUGGUGUCGCCGCCUACCGCCUCGACGGCGACAACGUCCGUUUCGGUCUUAACAAGGAUCUUGGUUUCUCUGAGGCCGACCGCAACGAGAACAUUCGCCGUAUCUCCGAGGUCGCCAAGCUCUUUGCUGACUCCUCCACCGUCGCCAUCACCUCCUUCAUCUCCCCCUACCGAGCGGAUCGCAAGGUCGCCCGUGAUCUUCACGAACAGGCUACCCAGGGCGGCGAGGAGCCCAUCCCCUUCGUCGAGGUCUACGUUGACGUGCCUCUCGAGGUUGCUGAGCAGCGUGACCCCAAGGGUCUCUACAAGAAGGCUCGCGCUGGCGAGAUCAAGGAUUUCACUGGUAUCUCUGCUCCUUACGAGGAGCCCGAGAAGGCUGAGAUCACUAUCAAGACCCACGAGAACUCUGUCGAGGAGUGUGUUGCACAGAUUGUCGAGUGGCUUAACGAGAAGGGCUACCUCAACAAGAAAUAA